AUGCUUUUUCCCGAACAAAUCUGGUUAACACCCCCCACCACCGUUGUUGUACACUCCCCACCACCAUCACAAUGCUGGUCCUCAUCUUCGCACUGCUCUUCCAGCUCGCAGCUGCAUCCCUCACAAUCAGCAUUCCCCCCCUCAACAAACCUCCCAAACCCUCAUGUCCUCCCCGCAACUACUCAUGCCACCCUCACCACCCUCCCCCAAGAGGACCGACAUGACCAUAUCCUAACAACAUCUCUCACCCGCUCUUCAACCCUGGUCUUCCGAAACAUUCCCUCCGGCAAACCCGAGUCUUAUAUCUUGGAUAUUCGCUCCGCCGGAUUCGUCUUCGCCCCCUACCGCGUCGAUGUCGCGGCCGACGGGUCUAUCUUGGGUAUCUGGGAGACUUUCCGCGGUAACCCCUGGGAUAAUCGUGGUGCGGAGAAAUAUGUCGUCGACGUUGCCAAUAAGAGAACCACCAAUGUGGUCGUUGAGGCGAAGGUUCUGGGUCGGAAGGGUUUCUAUGAGGAGCGUGCUAAAUGUGAGUUUAUGCGUGACUGGAAAACAGAAUACAGUUCCUUUCCCCCCCCGCCCGGCCGUGAGGUCUCACCCCUCAGCCUCGUCAAGAACCCAAUGAUCCUCCUCGCCAUCGUCGCCCUCGUUUUCACCCUCGGCAUGCCGAAGCUCAUGGAGAACAUGGACCCCGAAAUGCGCGCCGAAUUCGAAGAGCAGCAACGCUCUUCGCCCAUCUCCGGCGCCAGUAGCGCCAUGGCCGGCGGCGGCUUUGAUCUGGCCGGUUGGAUGGCUGGUACCACGUCCAAGCCCAGUCCCGCUGCCAAUGCGGAGGGUAGCGGUGCUGGUGCUGGUGCUGGUGCUACGGGUCGGGAAUCUGGCGGUUCUGCGCGGCGACGUGCUUAG